AUGUCCUCUUAUUGUCUGGACGAUUGCCUUCAACAGUACAUUAAAAAUUUUGAGAGGGAGAAGAUUAAUGGGGAGCAGCUACUACAUAUUACUCACCAGGAACUAGAAGAACUGGGUGUGACUCGAAUUGGGCACCAGGAAUUGAUUUUGGAAGCAGUUGAUCUGCUGUGCGCUUUGAACUAUGGGUUGGAGACAGAAAAUCUGCGAACACUGUCCCACAAGCUGAAUGCCUCGGCCAAAAAUCUGCAGAAUUUUAUAACGGGUAGGCGGAGGAGUGGUCACUAUGACGGCAGGGCUUCCAGGCGACUGCCUAACGACUUCCUAACCUCUGUAGUAGAUUUGAUUGGUGCUGCUAAGAAUUUGCUGGCCUGGUUGGACAGGUCUCCCUUUGUCAGUGUUACUGAAUAUUCACUUCUGAAGAACAACAUUGUUCAGCUGUGCCUGGAACUAACCACAAUCGUGCAGCAGGAUUGCACAGUUUAUGAAACCGAAAAUAAAAUUCUUCAUGUGUGUAAAACUUUGUCUGGGAUCUGUGAUCACAUCAUUUCUCUUUCAUCUGACUCUCUGGUGUCACAAUCAGCGCAUCUAGAAGUUGUUCAUCUCACCAAUAUCUUGCCAAGUGAAGGACUGGGAAUGUACAUUAAAUCUACAUAUGAUGGACUGCAUGUGAUCACAGGGACUACAGAACAUUCUCCCGCAGACCAGUGCAAGAAAAUCCAUGCAGGAGAUGAAGUUAUUCAGGUGAACCAUCAGACUGUGGUUGGCUGGCAGCUGAAGAAUCUAGUAAAUGCUUUGAGAGAAGAUCCGAGCGGGGUGAUUUUAACUCUGAAAAAGAGACCGCAGAAUACACUUGCAUCAGCUCCAGCCCUUCUGAAGAAUGUGAGGUGGAAACCUCUUGCACUCCAGCCUGUAAUUCCAACCAGUCCUACAAGUGGAAACACAACACCUACUGGUACAAUAGGGAUGUCAUCCAAGGUGGACAGCUCAACUCUUCAUGACGUUUUCAUUCUUUCUCCUGUGUCCGGACUUUAUAGUCCAAGGGACGAAAUUGGGAUUAUGUCGUGUGAUGAUGUUAAUAAAUACGGAGUGGGAAAGUCAGGAAUGAAAGGCUCAGAAUCUCCCAGCUAUUUCCUCGAGCAUGAAAGUGGCAAAUAUUACACGUUAAUUGAAGGUGAGGGACAUCAAGUUGGCUCAGAAUAUGAAAGAGGUAGAUCUACAGGGGUGCGGAGAAGAGAAAAGACACCAACACACGGUGAUUUAAGGCCGGUUUCCAUGCCAACAGAAUACAACUGGAUAGGGGAGUCUAAGGAACCAAAUAUGUACAAAAGAGACUCUGAAAAUUCUCUCUUGCGCUACCUGAGUGAUGAUAAAAUUUUGGUUAUACAAGAGGAACCUGUGACUCAAAAAGACAACAAGCGGGAUACAGGACGAAGGUCCAGAAAAAAAGGCAAAAACCCUGGCAGCCCAAGUUAUCCUAUUAGCCCAUCAAUGAUCACCUCCACUGGAAGGCUGGACCCUAUCCAACAAGAUGCCUUGAAUUUUACGUUAGCUGAGAGCAACACGGUACCACUCUAUCAUACUUUCCAUUACGCAUCUUUGAGAGUAAAAACCAAAAAAAGAUCAAAAGGUAGUUCACUAACCAGCGGGAGCAGAAGGCGGAUUUCAUGCAAGGACUUGGGCCACGGUGACUGUGAAGGCUGGUUGUGGAAAAAGAAAGAUGCCAAAGGCUAUUUUACACAGAAGUGGAAAAAAUAUUGGUUCAUACUAAAGGAUUCUUCACUCUACUGGUACACCAACCAAAAUGAUGAGAAAGCAGAAGGAUUUAUCAGUUUACCAGAAUUCAGGAUAGAUCGAGCCAUUGAAUGCAGAAAGAAACAUGCCUUCAAAGCCUGUCAUCCGAAAAUUAAGAGUUUCUUCUUUGCUACUGACUGUCUUGAAGAGAUGAAUAGAUGGAUGAAUCGUCUUGGCCUUGCAGCUAUUGGGUACACACCAGAUGAAAAGGAUAUUAGACCGAAUGAAGACUACUGGAGUGAAAGUGACCAGGAUGACGUUGAUGGUUCCCUAACUUUGAAACAGGAAGGUCCCUCAACAAUGACAGACACUUACCACAGAACUUCCUCAGCCAAUUCUUCCAGUCCAUUUCCGGAACCAAAGCAUGGACGUCAUUUUUCAAGUGAAUCAACAUAUUCCCAUUCUUCAGCAGAGGAGUCAAGACCAGAUGCCACUGGAAGUUCACAUUCCUCUGGGUGCAGGCCCACUUACAGAGAGAGGCGUUCAUGGCAGGAUCUUAUAGAAACCCCUUUAACUAGUUCAGGACUUCAUUUCCUUCAGACUGUUCCUCCAGAUGCUGAAUAUGUAGCAGGGCGAACGGGGAUGUCUCCAGAAAGAAGAAGACAAGCAACGUUACCAGUCCAAAGAAGACACAAUCAUGAACGAGAUGGACCAUUUCCUUUAGCUGAAUGUCCUAGGGGACAUAUUGCACAUGCUAGGACACAAAAGCAACGUAGCCAAAGCCUGCCACGGAAUAGAGAUGCUAGAGGGAAAUGUCGUGGUAAGACAGGAGGGCAACUAGAGGAAAAAUCUGAAGAUGAAUUUUUGAAAAGGAAACAUAGCAACUGUAAUAAAGAAGAAAACAAGAAAGAGAACAAAUCUAGUACAGAUGGGCUGCAGGAGCUCUACAGGACACUGGAACAAGCCAGCUUAUCAGCAUUUGGUGAACAGAGGCCUUCAACCAAGCAAGAGUUCAAGAGAUCUUUUAUUAAAAGGUGCAAUGACCCCAUUAUGAAUGACAAGCUGCAUCGCAUCAGAGUCCUGAAAAGCACUUUAAAAGCAAAAGAAGGUGACCUGAAAAUCAUCAACAACCUCUUGGAUGACCCAAACGUGACAUCAAAAAAAUUCAAAGAAUGGAAGCAAAGAAACUAUGAGUUUUAUGUGGAUAUUUGUGAGUACAGCGGAACCUUGAAACCUCAGAACGGUGCCUCGGAACUUGCUUCACCAGCAACCCAACUAACACACACGCACUCCUUUAUUGAAACGCAUGUCUGA